AUGACGCAAUUCACACCUCUUUUGCACCAAAUCACACCCCUCUCCAACCCCAACCCUUCCAUGAACAAAAACCAAAUUCCUAGAACAAGACCGUGGCCUGCUACAGGGUUCCUAACAUCCAAGGCUUUAACUAACUUCGGCGACACAAACUGCAUGGAACAGUUACUUGUUCACUGUGCCAACGCCAUCGAAACCAAUGACGUAACUCUUGCACAACAAAUCCUUUGGGUCCUCAACAACAUAGCACUGCCUGACGGUGACUCUAACCAACGCUUGGCCUCUGGUUUCCUUCGCGCCCUCACCGCUCGCGCAGCCAAAACGGGAACUUGCAAGAUGCUCGUUGGGGUAGAAGAUGCACGCACCAAUUUCACCAUAGACACACACAAAUUCUCAGUCAUCCAACUAGCCAACUUCGUUGACUUAACCCCCUGGCACCGCUUUGGUUUCACUGCGGCUAACUCCGCCAUUCUAGAAGCUACCGAAGGGUUCUCUGUUAUCCACAUCGUUGACUUAAGUUCAACGCAUUGCAUGCAGAUUCCCACGCUCAUUGACGCCAUCGCUAGCCGCCACGAGGUUCCUCCUUUAAUCAAACUCACCGUGGCUAAUGCAAACUGCAGAGAAAUCCCACCUUUGCUUGAUCUUUCAUACGAAGAACUUGGAACAAAGUUGAUCAAUUUCGCUAGGUCGAGAAACGUUGUCAUGGAAUUCAGAGCGGUUUCUUCGAGUUACGAAGAUGGGUUUGCGGUGUUAAUUGAACAGUUAAGAGUGCAACAACAACAAAAUUUAGUUUAUGCUUCAGAGGCUCGUCCAAGUGAAGCUUUGGUUAUAAACUGUCACAUGAUGCUUCAUUAUAUCCCUGAUGAAACCCUAUCUUCAAUUCCUGACACAAACCCGUCCUCUUAUAUUUAUGAUUUUUCUUCUAUUGUUACUUCCACUUCCUCUUUGCGAUCUUUGUUCCUUAAAGCACUUCGAAGUUUGGACCCAACGGUUGUGAUCUUGGUUGAUGAGGAUGCAGAUUUUACAUCCAAUAACUUGGUUUGUAGGCUAAAGUCAGCCUUUAACUAUCUAUGGAUUCCGUAUGACACGGUGGACACGUUUCUUCCAAGAGGGAGCAAACAAAGGCAGUGGUAUGAGUCAGAUAUAUGCUGGAAGAUUGAGAAUGUUAUAGCGCAUGAAGGGGUUCAGAGGGUAGAGAGGGUUGAGCCUAAGAACAGGUGGGAACAGCGAAUGAGGAAUGCAAGCUUUCAGGGAAUCGCUUUCAGUGAGGACUGUGUUGCGGAGGUGAAGGCCAUGUUGGAUGAACAUGCUGCAGGAUGGGGACUGAAGAAGGAAGAUGAACACAUUGUGCUCACGUGGAAAGGCCAUAAUGUUGUUUUUGCUUCUGCUUGGUUUAAUGCUUGA